GGAGAGCCAUUAUCUGCUGGCAAUGUUGUAAAAAAAUUGCAGAAUUAUAAAGGGUGGCAGGACAUGGAGAUGAACUUGUUCUGGCUUAGCACAGGAGUUGGCAGCUUGCUAAUGCUUCACUUUGCACUGUUAGUUUUCUUAAGAUGGAGGAUAGGUGCUGCAGCUCGAUGGAUGAUUUCGGUUCCGAGAUUCGAGCUCCUCCUUUUAAUUCUCGCACUGCCUUGUGUAUCUCAGUCUGCUGCAUUUGUAAUAAGAGGUCGUACAAUUGAAGGGAUCAUCACUGGAGCUUUGUUGUUAGCUAUCCCUGCGGCCUUCAUUUUAUCAGUAUGCCUUUUUCUUAUAAUAGCAGUCUUCACAGGCAGCCUUGCUCAGUACAAAGAAAUCAGAUAUGGCACUGCAGAAGAGCACUGGCAUAAGAAAUUGUGGUUCUCUAUUGUGGGAAGACCUGCUUAUGGAAAAUGGUUUUAUAUGGAUGGACUGCCUUCAUCGUUUCUUUCUUUCUUUGGCAUUCUAUUUGAGGAUCACAAGGGUCCUCCAAUAUAUGUUUUUGUUGACCAGAAUGACACAAAUACUAUGCCUAGGUGGGUUGGGAGUGGUCAAAAUGGGAUCGGAAGAAUGAGAGCAGUAAACUCAGAUGACAGCCAUGAAGAAACGAAAAUCCCAUUGCCGACGAGGGUCUUAGGUUGUGCUAGAUCCUCCUAUAUCGUUCUUGAUCUUUUAAGAAGAGUCUGCUUGGGAGUGAUUGCUGGAUCCUACUCAACACACAAAUCAAGCCAAAGCCUUUGGGCAUUAAUGGUCACACUGGUGCAGUUCAUAUAUUUAUUUAUUCUCAAGCCACACAUAAGGAGGGGAGUUUACAUUGUGGAAAGUAUUUCACUGUUGAGUGAGGCUGGCAUCUUUGGUCUCUCCAUCAGUAUGAAUAAAUCGAAUUCGAAUAGGGAACAAGCAUUGGGAUACCUAAUGCUGGCUCUCCUUUUCCUUUCCUUUGUUUCUCAACUUGUAAAUGAAUGGUAUGCACUGAUAAAGUUCCUUCUGAAUCUGUCUAAGCCACAAAAGACUUCUUUUAAGCUUGGAUUGAAGUUUGCUGCCAAGGGUCUUCUGUUGCCUUUCCUCUCAAGGAAGCAUUGGACAGGAGUCGUACCAGGUUCUUCGAAAGAGAAAUCAGUCUUAGUUCCGGUCCUUCCUCAAACCAGGGAAACCGAGUUAGCAAGGAGUGGUAGAAGGGAACCACAUGUCGGGCAACUAAGUUCCAUGACUGCAACAGUAGUCCCUCUGCUCAGUCCAGGUUCAGGCUCACCCAUUGUUCAAGCUACAGGCACAACUGCAGAGACAGCUCUCGUCGGGCAAAAAACAGAAGAAAGUACGAAAAAUGAUAUGAAGAAACUAAGGGAGAUGGCAAAGGCAAGUUUCUCAGGGAAAUCAAAGGAUGAGGAGACAUUUGGGUUACAAUCUUUCUCUUAUGAAAUUGUCUCAAAUGACCCUCAAACCUCAACUUCUAAUGUUAUCUCAAAUGAUCCUCAAUCCUCAACUCCUAAUGUUAUGAAGUAUGUAUAA